AGCAUUUUAUAUAUAUAACAAGAUCGAUGCCGAAGCUUUGGUUUCGGUGAAGCAUUUUAAAAUUGCUCUCUUUUGUGUUUUAAACGUAAUUACUUUUUUCGAUAGGUUUAAAAAGGAGAAUAUGUUUGUGUGUGUUCAGUGAGUAGAUAGAUGUGCUUUAACGGAUGAAAGAUAAGUGUUUUAAACCUUCAAAAGAGAAAGUAGAUUUUUCAACAAGGAAGUUUUUUGCUUCUGAAUAUAAUUCAGUGAUAGAUGUACUUGAAUAAAGAUGUAGUGAUGACUUUGAAACAACAGAUUGACCAAUAACAAUGAAUAAAAUUAAAGUUUCGCAUUAAAGAAAGUUUUGGUUGAACUCAUUUUAUGUUGAACCUUCCUUAUCAUAUGACAUGGCAUCAAAGCAGAUUCAGUGUGAAAUGUGCGGUAAUGAAAAUGCAGUUGGAAAUUGCAACAGUUGCGGAUACGUUGGUGAAACUUGUAUAGAUAUUCACAAGACAAUAAAGGUUUUUCAAACGCAUACUGUGAUUAUGAACGAGGCUGUUAAAAUGCAUGAGUAUGGAUCAGAAACUCCAAAUCUCAUAUUGCGGGACAUCACAGAAGAACGAUGUAAGCAGCAUCCGACUGAGAAGGUUAUAUUUCUAUGUACUAUUCAUGAUUCCAUGAUUUGUGGCCGAUGCCUUCAUUCGAAACAUAUUCCUUGUGCAAAAGACGUCGUUGACUUGUUGCAUGAAGUGGUUAACAUUGACUGCGAUAAAGUCAACACAAUGAAGUCAUUAUUAAAGGAGGUAAAAACUGAAGUUCUGCUUUUAAAAGAUGAAGCAGAACACAGUAAGGAGUGCUACAAAAUAAAUGCUGAUAAAUGCGUGCAAGAAUGUAUGGGAUUAGGAAAUAAAAUUAAACAACGUGUAGAUGAAUUGACAAGUGGCAUUAGAAACGGAAUAACGAAGAAACAUAACGAAAACAUGACCACUCAUUCCCAUAUUACUAACAUGUGUGAAGAGAAAACCAAAUGGUGUAACGAUGUAGAAAGUAAAAUUGAUAGUUUUGUUGACAAUAAUAUGGCUGGACACUUGUAUCUAAUGAGCAGACAUUUUGAGAAAGAGGCUUCGGAUGCCAGAUCCCACCUGAAAGAAAUCAAACAAACGCAUACUUUUAAAGGGUUCGACUUCAAAGAAAACAAUGUUAUUCUUAAAUGCCUUUUUGAGGAUUUGGAGGAAGUUUGUGAACAACAAGACGAAGUUACUGGGAGCGACGAUGGCAAUGCCAACGAUGUUUUCGCAGCUACCCCAAAAAUAAACAAGACCCGGCGAGAGCUCACUGUACUGUUGAAUCAGGCCAAACACGAAUUAGAUAACUCAGAAAAGACAAGAAAGCAGCUCGAGAAAGAGUUACUGAAAGCGAAACAGGACACACAGAAAUCUGAAAACGCACAGAAGGAACUGCGUGAUGAGCUGAAACGAGUGAAACGAGACCUAUAUCAUUCAGAAAAGGAAAAUGCAGUUGCCAAGGCACAGCUUUCACCCCUGAUGGACAAUAUCAAGUGGACUCAACCAACUGGAACAGUUGAUGUAAAGACAACCACUGAUAAACACGGUUGGCUUAUAAUUGACUUGGUUUUUACAUUCCCGGAUGGCAUUCAGAAGACGUACCAUCCGUCCCCGGGAAAACCGUAUAAAGGCGGCACGUUCACAGGACACUUGUGGCGCGACCAUGAAGGCGUGCUGCUAUGUAGGAUGUUAAAGGCGGCAUUCAGGAGAGGGUUGAUGUUCAACUUGGGGAAGGAAGGGAAAGUUGUCCUGGAUGGUGUCUCAUUGUAUGAUGGCAAAGUGAAUACUUUACCAGGGCGGAUAGCAUACGUUAAAUACACACAGACCUUUAAAGCGAAACUGGCUGCGAAGGGCAUUACAGAGGCGAAUAUAGAUCUGACGGAGGAGCUAUACGAAACCUUGACUGUUGAUGGUCGGUAACUUGCAUUAGUGUUAUGUUGUCGAAAUAUCCACUCCAAGUGAUAAAGACACAUAUUCAAAAAGGUGCAUGCUGCUAUUGUAUUUAGAAUGUAUAUAACAUGGUAUGCCAAUCUAGAAUCUUUCUACAGACAAUCGAGAUUGCUUUUUGUGCAUUUAGUGAACUUUGUAAUAAAAAAGCUUGUCUAAAAGAGGGAUAGUUAAUUUUAAACCGAACUCUUCAUCACGGCAUUGAUUUGGUUAUUUUAACAGUUUUGUCAUGUUUACAUAAGAUGUACAUAUACUUAUAACUUUACUACCAACUACAUGAGUCAUUUUAUGGAAACUUAAUAUUUUUUUUGUUAAAUAUGAUCUUAAAUUGAAUCAAUAUAAUAUAUUUAUGCUGAUUCUUUUAACUUAGUUGUGUGUAACCUUCGCUAUUCGGCACAGUUUUUUGGAGUUUCUGGUAAAUUAUACCACGAGGCUUUUGGUUUCCUUUCUACCGUAAAUUCAGGUCCUGUUUGGCCUUAGAUGCUUGGACGUUUACAACAAUGUAUGUAUUUUAAACUCCCUGACUGUUGUUAUAAAUGUCUUGCUUAAUUCGUCUUGAUAUUUUUUUAUAAUCGUCAUUUUUCUGUCGAAAGCAUUCGUACUCAAAACUUUCGUAUCAUUAGAAAAAUGUUUAUUUGUUAGAUUUAAUCUCUUUAGUGAUAUGGAUUGUACAAGACGUUAUAUCUUCAUUGAGAUGUUAAGUAUACAUUUAUCAUGAAAGGCAAAACUAUAUGUAAUUUAAUGUUGACAUUCUAGUGAUACAUUCUAUUUGUAUAUUUACAGUUUUUACCACGCACACACACAAACGUACAUGUGUUCACCAAGACUGGAAUAAACGAAGUUAAUCCACCUCUCGUUUUAUAUUUUCCACCUUGGGAAAUGGUUAAUACUUGCUGCGAGUAUAUUCAGCAUAUAUAUGAGGCAGUACAAUAUUGAUUCAAUUUAAGAUCAUAUUUAAAUUUAAUCAGAUCUUGAUUUUUUUUAUUUUUUUUGACAGUUUUUUUCUCAUUGUCUCAUUAUUGUAAAAUUGAUGUAGUAGUUUUCAUAUCGUUUUACAUUUUAGAGAAUGAAAUGUGAUAUCCUGUAACAUGAUGAAUAUUGCUAUAUGUAUAUAAUAUAUACAUAUAGCAAUACUUGCUAUAUGAAUAUAUAUUAUAUAUUUUACUUUAAGUAUUGUAGUAUAUUAAAUAUGGUUAAUUAUUUCAAGUUCAAAUAUGCUCGAAGCUGCGCAAAAUUAUAAUAUGCGAUAUAAGCGGAAUUUACAGACGAAAGAAAAACAGAGGCGAAUUUAAGAGUCGUCUGUAUGUUGUUCAUGGUAGUAUGUGGAUAAAUUUUUCUACUAAUUAAGUAUUAUUGUUGAAAAUAUCUCAGCGUAGUGUAACGUGUUGUAAACGAUGUUUUAAUGAGAUGUUAAUCUUAAUAUGUUCUAAAAUUAGAACAGAUAGUUAGUAUUGUUUUAAAUCGCAAUUGCAAAUUAUUACAUGAUUUAUUGGUCAUCAAUACACUUGCAGCUAAGUCAUAUUCCAUACGAAGAAAAAAUUGAAGCCAAAUGUCAGAGUUUUUGUAAUUCCUAUUGUUUUAUCUAUACUGCAAAACAUUAUGUUAAUGACCAAUCUUCUUAAUCAAUCAAUCAAUCAAGCAUAAUUAAAAAUAAUGUUGGUUGUUACAACACGGUACUAGCAUGAUAUGGAGUCAGAAAAAGACACUAUCAUGAUACGUAUUAUUCAAUACGGCGUGCUGUAAUUUUACUGUUGGAUAUGGAAAAGGAAUUUGAUAGGCAUAUAAAAAAGGUGCAUUCCUGCAUACAAACACUAUCAAAUCCAGUAGUCAAACACCUUACUGCUGAAGUCGUUUCACUGUAGUAGCCUCCCUACCUUAAUUACACAAAACUACGUAACACAUUCGAAUUUAUACGCGCAUUUGACAGAUGGCUGUAAAUUUAAAUCAAAUUGAAACCGAAAAAUAAAAAGGAAUAAUUAAAUAGGCAGGUAUAUAAUAAAUGGAAUAUUACGAUAAAACGCUUUUCUGGUGACCUGUAUCACGUCUCGGUUGUUGAGUAAACAUGUAUCCGUCUCGACCUGCGGUAUCAACAGAUACGUAUUUACACGCCAAACUCGAAGUGAUACAGAUCACAGGAAAAGCGUCUUAUCAUAAUUUCCCCUAUUUAUACUAAAUGAAAUGCAUGUAUUAUCGUGUAUACCACUUUCAAUUUUGAUUGCAAACGUCAAUUAUUUAAGUACGAUUCUUUUUUACAUAAGCAAACAUAUAUUGUUUUAAUCAAAUAUACUAUACAUUUAUCAGCUACGUUCAGUCAUAAUACUGUUAUAAACAGUUAAGUUAAGAAUAGAUAUCAGUAAAUAAUUUUGAGGUUAAUGUACAAACUAUGAAAUACAAAACAAACGUACUGCUAUGCAGUUUAAUACAAUAUAGAUUAAUUGUAUAAUAGAAGAUUAAUUUUAUCUAAUCUUAAAUUUUACAAUUUUGUUUUGUAUGUGCUGCAAGUAUCCAUUUCAGUCGUAUAAUAUCACUAUAUGGUAUUCAAUGCUUGUAGCUGUUUCAUAAUAUGUAGUCAUCGCUAUACUUUGUUUGCAACAAAGGAUGUGAAUUAUGAAAAUGCUUUGUAUUACUCUGUAUUAUAUCUGUAUUAUUAUUAGCAUUUGUAAUCGGAAA